AUGGCCAUUGCCACGACCGCCGCCUCCCUCCCCGACUUCAUCAGGGGCGCUGCGCUGUGCAAACCGCGGCGUGGUCGACGCGGUACCAGCGCUCCCCUCCUGGACGCUGCUGCUGGCUCCGGCGACCGCCCGCGUCAGGGCCGUCCCGCCGCGCGCGUGAGGUGCGCGACGACGGUGUCGUCGGUCGCCGCCGCCACCACCACGGCCCUGACGCGCUCCCCGCCCCCGCCGCCUCGGACCGCGCCGGCGCCGGCGCCUGUCCGGACGUGGGGGCCGGCGGAGCGGCGGACGGGCGCGGACAUCCUCGUCGAGGCGCUCGAGCGGUGCGGCGUCGAGGACGUGUUCGCGUACCCGGGCGGCGCGUCCAUGGAGAUCCACCAGGCGCUCACACGGUCGCCCGCCAUACGCAACCACCUGCUACGCCACGAGCAGGGGGAGGCGUUCGCGGCGUCCGGGUACGCGCGCGCGUCGGGGCGCCCCGGCGUCUGCAUCGCCACCUCCGGCCCCGGCGCCACCAACCUCGUGUCCGCGCUCGCCGACGCGCACCUCGACUCCGUCCCGCUCGUCGCCAUCACCGGCCAGGUCCCGCGCCGCAUGAUCGGCACCGACGCCUUCCAGGAGACGCCCAUCAUCGAGCUCACACGUUCCAUCACCAAGCACAGCUACCUCGUCCUCGACGCCGACGACAUCCCCCGCAUUAUCAAGGAAGCCUUCUUCCUCGCGUCGUCUGGACGCCCCGGGCCGGUGCUCGUCGACGUCCCCAAGGACAUCCAGCAGCAGAUGGCCGUGCCGUCCUGGGACACGCCCAUGCGCCUGCCGGGAUACAUCUCACGGCUACCCAAGCCGCCGGCCGCCGAGCUGCUCGACAAAGUCAUCCGCCUCCUCGGCAACGCCAAGAGGCCCGUCCUCUACGUUGGCGGCGGCGGCUGCUCGGCGUCCGGCGACGAGCUGCGCCGCUUCGUGGAGCUGACGGGCAUCCCGGUGACGACCACCCUCAUGGGCAUCGGGAACUUCCCCAGCGACGAUCCCCUCUCCCUGGGGAUGCUCGGGAUGCAUGGCACUGUGUACGCAAACUACGCCGUCGACAACGCCGACCUGCUGCUCGCGUUUGGCGUGCGGUUCGACGACCGCGUCACCGGCAAAAUCGAGGCGUUCGCGAGCAGGGCCAAGAUCGUGCACAUCGACAUCGACCCGGCCGAGCUCGGGAAGAACAAGCAGCCGCACGUAUCGAUCUGCGCAGACGUCAAGCUCGCCCUGCAGGGCAUGAACGCCAUGCUUGAGCACGCCUCCACGCGCAAGAAUCUCGAUUUCAGCGCUUGGCGUUCGGAGCUGGAGCAGAAGAAGAUCGAGUUCCCACUGCGUUACAAAGCGUUCGGAGAAGCGAUCCCGCCGCAGUACGUCAUCCAGGUGCUCGACGAGCUCACCGACGGGGAGGCGAUCGUGGCCACCGGCGUCGGGCAGCACCAGAUGUGGGCGGCGCAGUAUUACACCUUCAGGAGGCCAAGGCACCUGCUCACGUCGGCCGGGCUGGGCGCGAUGGGCUUCGGUCUCCCGGCGGCCGCCGGCGCCGCGGUGGCCAACCCGGGCGCCGCCCUGGUCGUCGACAUUGACGGCGACGGUAGCUUCGCGAUGAACAUGCAGGAGCUGGCGAUGAUCCGCGUGGAGAACCUGGCGGUGAAGGUGAUGGUGCUGAACAACCAGCAUCUGGGCAUGGUGGUGCAGUGGGAGGACAGAUUCUACGAGGGCAACCGGGCGCACACCUACCUCGGCGACCCGGCCGGGAACGACGGCGAGAUUUACCCGGACUUGGUGACGAUCGCUCGAGGCUUCGGCAUCCCUGCUGCUCGCGUGACAAGGAAAGGUGAGGUCCGUGCCGCCGUCGAGGAGAUGAUCGGGACGCCGGGGCCGUACUUGCUGGACGUCGUGGUGCCUCACCAGGAGCAUGUGCUGCCGAUGAUCCCCAGCAAUGGCGCCUUCGGCGAUAUCAUCGUCGACGGUGAUGGCCGGACGUCUCAUUAGUUCUUGUUUUGCACUGUGUUAUGACCGAAGAAACGGGGUAGAAAUAAUGUAAAUGUUUCUUUGUUCAGGGGCUAUUCCGUUUGAAUUUUGUAUGAACCGAAUUGUGUUUCUGUGGAA